UUUCCCGACAGCAUAACAUCAUGAAAAUUAGUUAAAUUGAUAUUAAUUAUAUGAACUAACCCUAUGUAAGUGUGUCGCUUGAGCAUUUUAUUGAUUAACCUGCAUAUAUCGUGGUUCAACUGAUCAGCGUGUAUCGCACAUAAACAAAAUGGCGGACAAUGAAAUAACAAUUGAAACUAUUAUCAAAACAAUUGAAGAGUCCAACGACCUUAGUCUGGAUAGCAUUUACUCAGAAUAUCCUCCUGAAUGUAUACCUACAAAGUUAAAAACGCCAGCAGGCGAUAAGGCCAAACGAACUAAAUAUGAGUCGAUAGACAUAAAUCUAUAUGAGGACAAGGCAAACAUGGUUGCCUUUCGUGUGAAAGUUGAUCGAAUUCUCUUGUGGAUCAAAACUCUUCAUGUAUGGUAUUAUGAUCAUCUUGGUAAUUCCGCUGAACAUGACAUAAGGUGGUUUGACGAUCCAGCUGAUUGGAAUAAGAAUGCAGGAGGUAAUAAAGCCAUAUGUAUUGAAAUCUCAACGAAGCAUACACAUGAUUCAGAAACCCCCCUUCUCUACAAAAUAACAUUCUUUAUUAACACUGGGGUGAUUCAGACUCAGGGUAAGGCCAAAGACAAAUUUGUUCAACAUGACUUUCCCAUCCUAAUUGCACUGAUUAAUAAAAUUAAAGAGUUCAAUGGUGACCGGGUUGUCCAGCAUGAUACACCUAGCACUGUAGAAGAGGGCAACGAGGCAAACACUGAUGUUACCAGUGAAUCAGGUAAACAUGACAAUGACUCAAAUGAGGACAAAGUUAAUAAUGACCAAACACAUGGAAAGCAAUUAUUUGAAAACAGAGGUGAUUUAAACAAUAACAGUGAACCUCAAGUAAACAACCAAAAUAAUGAAUGGUCAGUAACACAAUUUAGACCUGAGAAAAUGUUAGAGAGAAUGGAAAACUUCUUCGUACUUGCUCUAGAUAAGAUUUGUACAAAACAAUCUGAACUUUUUUCAGCUAAAAUGAAAACAAUGGAAGAUUCAUAUCUAAAUCACCUUAAAGAAAAUGAUAAUAAACUUGCAAAAGUACUUGAAAGUGUUUCCAAAAUUCAAGUUGCCAAAUCUGAUUCCACAAAUGCAUGUGAUCAGAAAUUUUUCAACAAAUUAAAUACACUUGAGCAUGAAAACUCUGAUUUGAAGAUGUCAUUACAACAGGUUAAACACACAACAGAAUUGGACAAGUUUCAGUUACAGUCAAAACUUGAUCAGCAAACAUCUCAGUCUGAGCUUCAAAAGGUGAACCAUAACAAAUCACAGAAGCAAUUUGAGUUUGAAAUUAAUAAAUUAGAAACUACAAUACAUGAGAAAGAUGAUAAACUUAAAACUUUAGUAAGCUCAUGCAAUGAACUGAAAUCUAGAUUAGAAGAAAAAGAUGAUGAGCUAUACAGUCUCAAACAACAUGCAUGUAGAGAUGAUGGUGCAGCGCAUUUUCAGGAUGUUCCAUCAAGAACUAGACGAUCUACACAAAGCAACUUGCGUCAAAAUAAUGCAGACAAACCACAUGUUAUAUUAAUUGGAACGUCAAAUAUUGAAAGAAUUGAUGUAUCUAAAUUGUCAUCAAAGUUUACAAUGGAGAAGCGAGUUGCUUACACUUUACCUGAUACCGAGAAAAGUUUGCGAGAAAUUGAGCAUGCACCUGAUAUAAUUGCGUUUCACUCCUUAACAAAUGAGCUACGUGAAAAAAGUGCAGAAAUUUGUGUUAACAAAAUGAAGGAAAUUAUAUCUUUAACAUGUGAUUUAUAUCCAUCUUCAAAAGUUAUCUUAUCUACACCAACACCUAGAGCUGACAACGAAAGCUUCAAUAUGAAAGGUCAGUUGAUAAGUGCUUUAUUGAAGCAGGAAUACUUUGAUACCGAAAAAGUUUAUCUGUGUGAUCACAGUAACCUAGCUAAUAAAGGCAGAGCAAUCCCUAGAUUUCUUAGUGAGGAUGAUAAAUAUCACCUUUCAGAUCAAGGUGUAAACGUGUUUGCAGCAAAUAUUCGGGAUAUAGUUGAUGAAGCACUAGAUCUACCAAAACGUAGACCUUUUUAUAACAGCAAUGUUAACCUGAAUAACGGAUCAAGAGGCGGAUAUCGUGGACGUGGUGGAUAUCGUGGGCGUGGUGGAUAUCGUGGUCGCGGUUAUAACACUUAUAACAAUUAUCAAAGUCGGGGUCGUGGAUAUGGGCAGCCUUAAUAUGCUGAUACAUUUGUAUUUAGAUUUUCUUAGUAAAGAAGAUAAAGUUGCCAGUUAUAAUUAAGUUUUGUUUGAUAUAUUGUAAACAAUUGUAGCUAGAUUUUGUUUUGCUUUCUGUUUUAUCUAAACUUAAAUUGUCAUUUAUAUAGGACAAUAAAAAGAUAAUUUCA